GUUUAAUAAAUCGGUCAAGUGCAGUCGCACACGUACGGAGUUCCGUAGAAAUUUGUAUGUCUUUGUUUAGCAACCAGUGGGCAACCAUAUCGUUAGUUCGCCCUUCGUCCUUAAAUGUAUCAGCUCUUCGCGUAACUUGCGACGAUAAAACCAGGGUACCUAUAAUGGCGCGCGGUAGGACAGUAUUCAAACCCAGCGGAGCUGUGGGCACCUCAUCUAGUCAUAGGAUAAGCUAUUGUUUUGUACAUAUCGUCCUCUUGUUAUUAUUAGAUUUUCCCAGUGCACACAGUCAAAUCGAAAAAAUGUACCUCGACACAACCGAUUUAGAACUGUUGGUGGAUGAGACGCAUCUCAUGAAAUUGAUACAAAUUGGAGAAUACAACACCACCCUACAAAUAUCAGCUCAGAUCCAGCAUCCAGACAUCGUGCAAUUAGUGCCACAAACUGUAGAAAUACCUGGUUCCAAAGAACCGAACACGACCAUACAAAACUCGUAUGAUAUCUGCGCAUAUGGGAAAAGUCCAGGUCAUUCUGAGGUCACGUUCAAUGUUACACCCAGUGGUUUCGUCAAUCUCGACACAGUGUUCCUACGUAUAACAGUGAUGCAUUCCCACGCUAUAAACGUGAUCUCAUACAUCAUGGGCUGGAUCUACUUCGCGGCGUGGUCCGUCUCUUUCUACCCUCAAAUCUACAUCAACUUCAAGAGGAAAAGCGUAGUCGGUCUUAACUUCGACUUUCUGGCACUCAACAUCAUGGGCUUCACUAUGUAUUCGCUUUUCAAUUGCGGAUUGUACUUCUCCAAGGAAAUCCAGGGUGAAUAUUUCAACCGCCACCCCCGCGGUCUCAACCCCGUACAACUGAACGACGUGUUCUUCUCACUUCACGCCGCCUUCGCCACCCUUAUCACCAUCGCACAGUGCUUCCUGUACGAGCGUGAAGAUCAAAGAGUAUCGAUCACCGCUAGAGGGAUCCUGGGCGCGUUCAGUGCAGUGGUGGCGGUGACGCUGGCGCUGGCCGGGUUCUCUGUCAUGCAUUGGCUGGACUUCCUCUACUACUGCAGUUACAUCAAACUCUGCAUCACUCUCAUCAAAUACGUUCCGCAGGCCUACAUGAACUACAAGCGCAAAUCGACCGUGGGCUGGUCCAUCGGCAACAUCUUCCUGGACUUCGUGGGCGGCUUCCUGUCCGUGCUGCAGAUGGCGCUCAACGCCUACAACUACCACGACUGGGUCUCCUUCUUCGGGGACGCGACCAAGUUCGGCCUCGGGCUCUUCAGCUUGAUCUUCGACGUGUUCUUCAUCCUGCAGCACUAUGUCUUCUACAGGGAGGCCCGCUACAUUCUCCUGCCCGGGGCCAGUAGUACUGCAGAUGAUCCGGAUGAAGUCGAAGAGACGAGUUCAGAAACCCCGUACCAGGGGGCGCCAGCGUAGCAUGCCUCGUACUUAGAACUUUAUCAAAUUAUAGAGGACUAAACCAGAAAAUAAAUAAAUAAAUAUCUACCUUCUAGAUGAAUACAUAGGUGGACUCUGAUAAAGGCUAGAUCACUGAUUUGUGAAUAUGAACAUUUUGUGAGUAAGUUUAUUCCAAAAUUAUGACUUCGAGAUCAUAGAUAAUAUUGAUACAAUAAAGUGGUUUGUUUUGAGAUCUCUCAAACAUAACAUUACCGGGAAAGCUGUAUGCAAAUUCUAUGUGUGCAUUAUAAAUUGAGAUGUCUUUCGGCCAGAUUAUGAAAAGAAUAAUAUGUCAUCGAGAUCUAUAGAGGCUGAUUGUAAAUAAAAUAAUAUUAAACGACUUUAAAUUCAGUAUUAGAAUCAGAUUUGAGGAAGCCAGGAUAAACCAUUCCAAUUUACAAGUGAGAAGAGAGUUCAGAUAGUAUUAUUUUUAAGCGUUUGCAUUUAAAAUACGGGUAUCGAAAACCGGUCUCUCGACCUAAAACCGUUAAUGAGGAUUAAGAAGCCUUAUUUAUUCAGAAAUGCGAUAAAGUACCUUGAGUUAAUACAUACAUUCCAGAAUGUCAUAUUUAAGUAAUUUACUGCCACAAAAUGGUGCUUACAAAGAAGGAAUAUACAUUUUAUUUACAUUAUGAACAUUUUUGUUUAAUUCAUUGUUAUCAGCCAUUUUAAUGACCCACUGCUGAGGCACUGGCCUUCCUUAUAGAUGGAUAAGAAGUAUGGCCAUGUUCUAAGGAUUAACUUGUCAUCCGAAACACGGAAGAGCUCUAGUUAUUACAUUUUAGGUCACCCAUCCAAUGACCGACCAUGGUGAAAGAGGCUUAACUGCGCGAACCAUUGUGCCGGUGAACUCCUGUUUUUUUGUUCAAUAAAAUUAUAUAAACAAACAGGAAGUGGAAAACGAUGUUCCAUAUUAUCUUUGGAAAAAGGUAAUUUGAGGGAAAAAAGGAAAUUUCUUUUCUUUUUAAUCCGCCUCUAAAGCAGUCAGGUAUUUGAAAACGUGGAAUUAUUUCGCGCUUCUGUAGUCCUGCGACAUUUCGGCUGUUAAAAAUCAAAUAUAAGUAUUAUAUAGUUGAUAAAAAAAAGUUUUGGUUUUAUACAGCGCAGUAUGUAUAGGAUAGUAAUAGUAAGAUAUAAUUAUGUACUUAGGUAGAUACAAUGCCAACAAUAUAUAACAUUAAUCAUAUAUGUAAUAUGCAAUUGAGUGUAAUAUGUUACUUGCAAGCAUGCAACUUUAUGUAAUGUUACGUAUAACAUGAUAAGUGUUAUAAGACUGCAUAGCAAUAAAUUAAUAAUUAUGAACAAUACUAAAAGUAAAUGACAGUAGUGAAGUGCAAGUGAUUAAAAAAGUGAUUUUAAGUGUUCAUGGACAAGAUAUUGAAACAUACGAAAAUUCGUAGUGGUGAUAAACGCUUAAAAUAUUAUUUGUGCAUUUGUACAGUGUGUAAAUUUAUAUGAAGGCUUCGAAUUUUUAACAAAAGCUGGUACACAACUACGAGACGAACUAUUGUUUUGGGCUAUAGCUACAUGUUUUUUUUUCAAUGGCCCAAUCAGAUGUGUAGACGGGAAUUACAAUUACCCACGGUAAAACUGAUUGGGCCGUUGAGUUGUGUCGUGCCGGAAGGAGUAUAUAAUAUAGUGAAUAAAUGAUGUAACCAUUUUUUUAAUUAUAACUAAUUUCUGUCAUCCAUACUUAAUAUUGCAAACGUGAAAAUGUGUUUGUUUGACCGUCUUUCAUAUCAAAAUGGAGCAUUGAAUUGAAUUGGUGUGGAGAUAAUUGAAGAGAGGAGGGACAUGGGCAAUAUGUUUUUGCGGGCGGAACCGCGGGCAGUAACUAGUUCGCUUAUAUCGUGUAUUUGUAUAAGGGCUUUAUUUAAUACAAUACAAUAUACUUAAUGUAUAUACCGGUGGAUAAUGUGUAUUAUUUAAGUAUUUCCGUCACAUGACGACGUUCAUGUUUACACAGUUUUGAUUACUGAAAGGGAUUUUAAAAAUAUAAUUUACAGUUAUUAUAAAAAAUCAUCAUCAAACAUGACGCAUUAUAACUUAAGUAUUAUUUUUAGUAUCCGACUGAAUAUUUGUUUGAAAGUUUAUUUUACUUCAGAAUAAAAAAUAUAUAAAAAAAUCUUGGUGAAAAAGACAAUUGUGGAGCCGUAGGUUCUGUUUCGGCUAAAAAUCUUUCAAUGACAAAGAUUGCUAUAGUUUCGGUCGGGUAUUAUUUUUAGUACAAUGGUAGAGUUUUGUAUAAAGUAUAUACUUUUGAAUUUACCUUUUAAAUGAAUCGUUUAAAAUUUAUGUAAGACUAUGUAAGAUUUUUCGACUUUAUAAAAAAAAAAACAAAAAUGGUAAUUGGAGUGCGUGCCACAAACGUAGUUAUUAAUGACAACAAAAACGUGGUCGAUGUGUUAUUUAAAGUUACAGAUAUUGCCCGUGCUUUGUUUCGUAGAGCGUACUUUCAAAUCCUUUGUGGCUUGCAUUUUUAUUAUUAUUAUAUCUGUGUAUUUUGUGUAUAGUCACGUGCAUUGAUAAAUAUAUACAACUGUAUUAUAUUCAACAAUGUAGACUAACCAAUGUGAAUAAAAUUAAUGCAUCUGAUUGUACGUAAUUAGGUAGAAAGAUUUUUAAUUCGAAAUGAUAUGUGCAAUUCGUAAACUGGAUUGCGAAAAAUAUUCUAAAUAUGAACUAUAACCAUGGCGGAAAUAUACAUUAUUUGUUAUAAAAAUAAUCUCGCUAAAAAGCAUUUAGCCUUAGUUCCAAGUUUUACUAUUUUUGGCAUAGUGUAGUUUAUAGCACAUUUAUAUGUAUAGUUAAUUAUUUUAUGUAUCAAAGUUAUUUUUCUACAUAAUUUAAUUGCUUGUCUUGCAUAUGGCGUAUCUAUGUGUGUUACAAGUGUUUCUAAUAAAUUAACAUGAUUAUCAUAAA